UGCCAUGGUUAUUCAUCCAGGUUCCACAUUGGGCAGAAAUGAGCCCAUAACCCGCAAAGCUACAUCUUCGGAGAUGAUUUCUCAGCCAUCAUCUGCUGUAGCUUGUGUUCAAUGGGUCAGAGAUUCUGUUUGUGACGUUGAUGGUCAGCCUUGCUCAAACACAUCACAGGACCAAACCGUAGGCUCCAGAAAGGUCAAACCUGAGGUGUACAACAGACAACUAUCCUCUAAGGAAGGACCACGGUCAUGUUUAGAAAUGGAGGAGGGAUCCUUGGCUUUAUUCAACAGAGGAUAUGUGUGUGAUGUGUCUCAAUGUAUGACCCACAAGGCAGAGAUGGACUAUCCAAGUACUUGCUUGGAGAGAGAUUUUCCACCAGUGAUUCCUAGGUGCUCUGACAGUAAUACAUCAGAAACAGCAGUGGUCAGUGGAGCAGAAAACAAGACCAUUUCAUUAGUUGUCUGUGCAUGUUGUUCAGGAAGUGGGUUCAUGGAAAGCGCAUUUUCAGCAGUACAGGAAGUGGAAUGCAGAGUGUCCUCCGUUAGUAUAGAGGAGAGUGUGAGACCAGCAGAGGCAUCACAGAGACAAACAUCUCCUGGAGUAUCUUCCAGAGUAUCUCCACAAACAUCAAUUGUCAGACAUCAGAAGAGUGUGGAAAGAAUAACAAAGACACCGGAGAUUUGCACAUCUCCAAGAUUAUAUCCACAGGCAUCACUUCUGUCUGAACUAGUGUCAUGUCUGUCAGAUGUGAUUGAAACGAGAACUAAGGCAAUGUUACAGGCCACAGUGGUGCCACCACUGUCCAGCUUGUCCAGAGCUCCCUCUACUGGUGAAAAACAACAUAUUCAGCCAGGUCCUGCCAGAAUGAUUUCAAAAGAGAACAUGUGUCACACACUGACAUCUUUAGAGACAAAGCAGGCGCCACCAACUGUUAUGGACCAUGUUGUAAAAGAAGACCUAGCCGGGGCCUCAGCCAGUGAUGUCACAGGUCAAACUAACUCUGACAUUGGGAUUAAAGGGAUCACAAGCUUCACUUUAGGAAGCUCCCUCACACUGCUUGAAAUCCUGCUUCAGACACACCUAGAUCUUGAAAAAGAACAAAUGCAAGGACGUGCCGUCACUGAUGUUUCUGCAAAGGCUCAUUCUGAAACAGACAUAAUUAGAACAGCCCAAAGAGUAUCUCCAGACACAAUCCUCAGCAGACGAGAGAUUGUUAGGAAACUAGCAGAAGCACUAGAGAGACACUUCUCUUCCAGUGUACUACCAAAAGUAUCCCCAUCAACAUCUGCAAUGGAUGGCAUCGUGGAGGAGUCUUUGAGGAAACCAACUAAAAUGAUUCCAACAGCAACAACUCUACAUUCAGGUUUUCCUGUCAAUGAAAAGUGCUCAGCAUCUCUGACAGAGGAGAUGGAGAAAGCAAUGGAAGCAUUAUCUUUAAAGCUGUCUGAAGCAAUUGUGGACAGUUUAGCUCACAGAGUUUCCGCAGGCAGGAUCCCUAAUAGAGAAGAGACUUUGGGAACACCAGCAGAGACGCCAGACAGACAUACUGAUCCCAGAGGAUCUCCACAGAAGUCAUCUGAGAUUAUUAGUGGUGGUAAACUCCUGGAAGCUCAGAGGACAGAGGAACUGCAAUCUGUCCAGUCAGUUGCUGAUUAUGCUCUUAAAAUAGUAGAACUGGUCAAACUGUUCACAGAGAACAGCAAAAAAGGUUCUUCAGUAUCACCCUUGCAUGGGUCACAACAAGACAUAUUAGACCCUAUCAAUCCCCAUGUAGAGAAUGUCCAAACAAAAGUUCUGACUGAGGAGCUAACAAUGGAAACACAGUCUGUGGACAAUGACAAGCCUCCAACCUUAACUGGGCAAGACGUGGUUCUUGAGGAACUUGCCACCGAGAUGUCUGAGGAGUGGGCUGUCACGCCCCAGUUUCUGUGUUCAGUUCAUAGUUCUGAUAACCAGAAGCAGCGAGGAACAAGGGUUGGAAGCCAGGCAGCUUCUGCCAUUAAGAUGGCCAUUUCUGAGAGGAACUACCUGAUGAAGCGACUCGCCCAGUUGGACCGACAGAGAAAUAAAUCAGGGUCAAAUCAAGAGGAAGUUUCUAAUGCCAGAAUGACUUGGGGAGUCCGAGGCUCUUCUCCAUACUCUACAGCAUUGCAGACAUUACCUAAGCAGGGACUGGGCCUAUCAGCUGGGGAGGAACAGCAGAAACCCCAGGUUGUCACUCUUGGGGCAGGACACAAGACUCCAGAUGCAGAACUCACCCUGGAAAGCUCUGUCAACCAAGUUUGGACCCUUUAUCACCUGGCUCCAGAGACAAAAAAAGGCAUAUUAUCCAUGAAUGUGUUGUCCGAGUCCCCGUUCAAUGGUCGAGCUUAUAUAGAAAGUGUUGGACCAGAACAUGUCACGUUAGCUAAAAUAACCUCCCAACAUUCCAUUGUGGAGUCAAGUACACAGACAAGCCAACAAUCAAGACUGACACCUCAGGAACAGGAUAAUCCCGUGUGCACCCCUAACACACAGGAAAUCCAAAUUCCCAACUACUUCCUUGUGGUCGAAGAGGGAAAUAAAGAGAGAAAUUACAAGAUAACCCAGACUAUCAACGUAGCAUCCUCACCUGAGAACAGACCAACUGACCGAAGAAGAAGUUUGUCCGCCAACAGUUGCUACCUUUCGGUCUCAGUCCCCCUUGACAGUUUUUGUGGAGCAGAGUGUGGUCCACAGCUCCUCCAGGUCACCAGCAAUGAGGGACAACCAGUCUACUCACCUGCAUUUAUUGAAGCCAUCAACCCAGCCACGGCGGGCUCAGAGGAGAACAGGGUGAGGACGAACCAGCCACAGCCUCAGUCGCCCAUCAAUAUGGAAUGGUCUUUCAAAAUCAGCAUCAAAGGACAAGAGUUGAGGGAGGAAUAUCACCAGCAAAAGUAACGGAUUUUGGAUAGAGGAUUCAAAUCAUCCCUGUACAUUAAGUGACUAAUAAAAACGUUU